UUCUUCCUGGUUGGGAUAUACUGCCUGUGGACGGUGUUCUUUCUCUCCGGCUUGGUUGCCUUCGCCACCUACAGCACGUGUGACCCCCUCACCUCCGGGAAGAUCACCAAACCAGACCAGAUCCUCCCCUUCUUGGUGACCGACAAACUGAGUCACCUUACAGGACUCGCUGGGGUGUUUGUGUCGGCGGUGUACGGUGGUGUACUGAGCUCUCUGUCCUCCACUGGUAACUCUCUCGCCUGCAUCAUUUGGGAGGAUUUCCUCAAGCACAGGCCAUACUUCAGUGGCCUCAGCAGUAAGAGUGCUACCAACGUCGUCAAGAUCAUCUCAUCCUUCACCGGGGUACUGGCGGUGAUCUUAGGCUUGCUGGUGGGCAGUUUAGGAAAUGUGUUUCACGUUAUCUUCAGCAUCACUUCAUCUGUCAUUGGACCACUGGCUGGACUUUACGUGACUGGCAUGUGUCUUCCCUGGGUCACCGCUAAGGGGGGCAUUGUGGGUUUCACCGUGUCCAUGACGUAUGGCUUGUGGAUAGUGGUGGGUAAGUUCAUCCGUGGGGGAGGAUCCCCACCUCGUCUGCCCCUGUCCACAAGCGGGUGUCCGGAAGCCUUGUUCAACGCCUCCGUCAACGCCAUCCUCAACAUCACGACAGUGGGAGAUUCUCACCUGCCCACUUCUACCCUGAGUGAUGGUCUGCUACCCUUUACCACACUAGCCAACACCACUGGACUAGAGAAGUCCACGGCCAAGACACCCUACGACGUCUCCUACUGCUACUCCGGCACCAUCUGUAUUAUACUGACCAUGGUGAUAAGCAGCCUCGCGUCCCUGUGUACAGGACCAAGUCACCCCAAGGAGCUGGUGAGCGGCACUAUCAACCCAACCUGUGAGAAGCUUUACUUGAAGCUAUGGAAGUCAUUCCGGGGUGAAGAUGCUGAACUAAGAUCCACCCCCUGAUCCCCCUAGUAACACCCUGAAACACCUCCCUCACCCUACACACCUCCCUCACCUCCACACACCUCCCUCACCCUACACACCUCCCUCACCCCCACACACCUCCCACACCCCAACACCACUCACCUCGGCCCCAAAAGCUGACAGCGUUCUUCAGCAGAACAAUGGACAGUCGAACAAACAGUC